AUGGCCGCCGCUCGACAAAGACAGAUACUGUUAGACGUGUCCGAUAACGUACCACCUAUCAGGGACGAGGAGCGACCCGUUUGCGAAGAGUGGCUCCAGUCCAUUGACUUCCUUGCGCCAGGAAAGGACCAGGGCGUGUGGGUUACAAUCGUCCAGAACUGGGAGCAGUUCCUAAAGGCGACAAAGACGAAAAUCACAGGUUCUGGUGCAUCCCGCCGUUAUAUUCAAGGCCCAGCCGCCAAAAAGCGUGAAGCGAUCAAGCAAGCAUUUUGGGAACGAGUAGAUGGACUCGAAGCGUUGGCUGAGCGCUGGCCUGCGAAGGCACGACGGACAAUUAACCAGACCGCAGAGGGGCCUGAUGCCGGGCCAUUCGAAUCGCUCGCGGCCAUCUGGGACUUGGAAAAGAUGAAGAGAUAUCAGUCUAUGUGGACAAGCAUGAUAUGCUUCUUAGUAUGGGCUAUCAAUAAUGACGGAGAUAGUCUAGAGGACAUGGGCUUGGAAUUAGACGAGGCGGUUAAGGAAGACAUCCUCGACAUCGGGAUGGUGGCAGUAACCCCGGCUUCCAGCUGGUUUAUUGGUGACGACACCCCAGAGGAUCUCAUCCAGGCUUUCCUCACCAAACUCAUAACCGAUGAGUCUGUAACGGCGCGCAAGAACCCGCUGCUCUGGUGGACAUCCAUCUUGGUGCGGUCGGCGAUUUCGGACGAUAGGGAGAAGGAUUUUAUUAGUAGGGGAACGAUCAGCAUGAACAUGUUACCGCCAGAUGUGGCCAUUAGGGGCCGUGUAGAGGCUAUCGGACACUACAGCAAAGUCCUUAUUCUCGACAAGGCGUUCAUGGGGUGGCGGACGGGAAGGCCUGACCGGGAGGUCUUGGCCGAGGCGAUAGCCCAGGACCUCAAUGAAGUGGACAAUGAGUGGCUCAAUAUAGAGGACGGACCGCGGCCAGAUGACCGCCUGGACAGACGAACGUGCCAAUCACCAGCGUGGAAGAUAAUGCUGAAGCAUUUGGAGCAGGAAGGGUGCCAGUGGCUAGGCCAAAAGGAGAGGACAACGAUGGGAGAGAUCAGAAGGCUUCUGUCUGCACUGCGGAGAGUGAGUAAUUGA